UGGCCGCCACAUGUGUUUACAUUUUGAAUGUCACACUUCGAAUGAAACUCGGAUCAUUUUAAAUGUUUUGAAAGACACCGAAGUAAUUUUGACAUGAGAAGACAAGAAUGACACAGUUAAAUGUGCGAGGGGUGUCAGUUGACUUUCCCUUUGAACCAUAUGAAUGUCAGAAGGCUUUUAUGGAAAAAGUCAUAGAAUGUCUUCAAACGGAAAAACAUGGUAUUCUGGAGAGUCCCACAGGAACUGGCAAAACCCUGUGCCUCUUGUGUUCCUCUCUGGCAUGGCUUCAAGGUCGGAAGGCUCAAGUUCAUCUCAACAAGCAGAUUGGUGUGUCAUCAUUAUUUGGUGACAAGGAAAAUCUUCAAGAUGACUUGAUGGCAAAAAUCUCCUCCAAACUCCAGCAAUCGUCUGGCUCUUCCUGGGGAACUAAUGAGUAUGUGGUUCCGAAGGUCAUCUAUGCAUCUAGGACACAUUCUCAGCUGUCUCAGGCUGUGCAGGAGCUGAAGAGGACCACAUACAACACUGUCAACUCCUGUGUGUUGGGGUCCAGGGAGCAGCUGUGUAUUGAUGAGAAAGUCAGCAAGGAAACAAACAACACAUCUAAGGUGCUCAUGUGCAGGGCCAAGGUGCAGGCAAGAAGAUGCCAUUACUACAAUGUGCUGGAUGAUAUGAAAAAAAACAGUGAAACACGUCAGAUUUUGGGCUCUGUUGUGGACAUUGAAGACUUGGUAUCCAAGGGAAAGAAAAACAAAUUGUGUCCAUAUUACAUGGCCAGAGAGUUGAAGUCAGAUGCUGACAUCAUCUUCAUGCCCUACAACUAUCUGCUGGAUCCGAAAUCCAGGAGAGCUCAUGGAGUGGAACUACAAGGCAACAUAAUCAUCUUCGAUGAAGCACACAAUUUGGAAAGAAUAUGUGAAGAGAGUGCAUCCUUUGAUCUAAGUUCAGUGGACAUUGCCACAGCCAUGGAAGAGACCACAAGGCUCAUGGAGAAGGUUGUGGAGCUAAGCCAGAGUGAGAGUCAGGUGUCGGAGCUGGGAGAGGCAGUUGCAGUUGAACCAGAUUUUGAUCUUGAUGAUGUCUUGAAACUGAAAGAAACUCUACGACAACUGGAGGAGAGAAUAGAUGAGAUCCAUAUUCCAGGUGGAGGUCAAGGUCUCACCAAGCCAGGCAUGUUCAUGUUUGAGCUGCUAGCCCAGGUGAACAUCACAUUUGAAACCAGAAGUUACCUGUUGGAUGUCCUGGAGAAGGUUGUGGCCUAUCUCAACAAUGAUGGGACCGAGACCGAUACGAAACUGUUGUACAGGGACCUGUUGAUACUCGUAACUGUUGUACAGGGACCUGUUGAUACUGAAACUGUUGUACAGUUCAUGUUUGAGCUGCUAGCCCAGGUGAACAUCACAUUUGAAACCAGAAGUUACCUGUUGGAUGUCCUGGAGAAGGUUGUGGCCUAUCUCAACAAUGAUGGGACUCUGUUGAUACUGAAACUGCUGUACAGAGACCUGUUGUUGAUGUUGUACAGGGACCUGUUGAUACUCCCAUUUGAUGUCUGUCUGGAGAACCCUCAUGUGAUAGAGAAGGAGCAGGUGUUCAUCAGCGUUAUCAGCCGGGGCCCGGACAACUCCAUUCUCAAUUCCAGCUACAACAACAGGUUCACUGCCUCCUACCAGACCUCUCUAGGAAAUGCUGUAUUCAACUUUGCACGGGUAGUGCCAAAUGGACUGUUGGUGUUCUUUCCCUCCUACCCUGUCAUGGAGAAGUGUGUCGAGUUCUGGCAGGACAACAACAUCUGGAACAGGGUCACCCAGUACAAGCCAGUGUUUGUGGAGCCCCGGGGGAAAGUGGCCUUCACAGACGCCAUGGAUGAAUAUUAUGAAAAAAUUAAUGAUCCAACCCAAAAUGGUGCAAUCUUCAUGGCUGUGUGCCGGGGAAAGGUGAGUGAGGGCCUAGACUUUGCCGACAACAAUGGUCGGGCUGUCAUGAUCACUGGCUUGCCGUUUCCCCCCAGGAUGGACCCUCGCAUCGUCCUCAAGAUGCAGUUCCUGGAUGAGAUAAAGAGGAAGGCUGGUAGCAAGAGCCUGAGUGGACAGUCCUGGUACCGGCAGCAGGCCUCCCGGGCCGUCAACCAGGCCAUCGGCCGGGUCAUCAGACACAAGCAGGACUUUGGGGCAAUUCUGCUGUGUGACACAAGGUUUGGCUCAGGUGAAGCGCUGGCCCAACUGCCUGUGUGGGUGCGACCUUAUGUGAAGAAGCCAUUGAACUUUGGACAUUCCAUAAGAGACAUGAUGGCUUUCUUCAAGACUGCGCAGAAGUCUAUGCCAGCUCCAAGCAUCAAAAAGAAGUCAACUCACUCUGAGGCUGCCGGGUGCCAGGGAGCCUACUUCGUGCCCACAUUCUCCAGGGGAAACACUCGAGGCAAGAUCGAGUACGAGCAAGCACGAACUAUCCCAUUACACGUCCCUAGUCUCAGGGCAGAUACAGGGAACCAGACACAGGCAUUCUCCCAGCUUAGUCAGCAGUACAGGAGCACUGGAAAGUCUCCCCAAUCCAGCACCAGGCAGAGCCUGCUCCAGGCACUGGAACAUGAUGAGAAACAUGUUGAGGAUUCCAGUGUUACGUUUGACUCCAAGGUUCCAGCAAGUCAGCCAGUCAGACAGAACCCUGCCAAAAAACGAAAGAUUGUUAUCAAGAAGCAAGGAGAGUCCUCCAGUUCCACAGCCCAACCCAGUCAACCUUCCACAGCUGGACAUCUGAGCAAGGCAGAAGACUACAUCACACAGGUGAAGAAAGUACUCACAGCUGAAUCCUACAAAGUGUUCUCUCGGGCUCUGGUUGGGUACCGCAAAACGGAGGACUUGACUAAAGUCACCACAGUCCUUGCUGACUUCUUCACCGACAAGACAGAAAACUAUCACCUCUUCCGCAAGUUCUACAAGUACACGCGUCCCCAGCACAAGCAUGAGUUUGACCAGCUCUGUGUGUCAAUCACAGGACAAGGUUGUGGAUACAAGCCGGAACAUUCUGUGUCCUCGAAGCGACUCUUGCAGAACACUCUACCAGAGAAUGAAAAGAAGUUGAGGCUUGAAGCCACCACAUCUUCCUGUAGAUCAGACAACCUCACCGAGUCAGCAAACCAGAUGGCAGCACCACACAGGACCAAACCUAGUUUCUCCACUGCAACACAGGAUCCAUGUAUUCCCAGCUCGGUGUCAUUGAAUGGGCUAAACCCAGACACCAGGUGUCAAUCAGCUAGUGCUAGUCAACGGGUUGAGGUGGUGUCUGGUGGUACAGGUAGGAAGGAUGACAUCACAGUAUCACCUGCAUCAGACAGUUCAUCAGGGAUGUCAUGUGGCAGGGAGGCAGCUGGCAGUCAGUCGGCUGGCCAAUCAGAUUGUUCCACAGUGAAGAAGACUCAAGCUCUAACAGGGUACACGUGUGGGCUGUGUAAGAAUGAUGCCAGCAUCCCGUUUCAGGCCCAGUGUCAGCACGUCUGCUGCUACAUGUGCUGGAAGCAAGUGUUUCAGAGAACCAAGGAGUGCCCCGAAUGUGGAGAGCAUGUUCGACGCCGCCAGCUCACCCAGCUCCUGUUUGCCUCGGGGCCCAACCUGCAUGAGUAGGAGGACACGCUACAGCAGACACUCUCUCCUGUGUUGAUGUUGUGAUGUUCUUGCAUACAGCUUGUUGAUGUAUGUGAUGUACACAGAUGGAGACCAACAAAAGGAAGGUGAAUCGGAAAGCAGUCCUAAAUACCACCUACACAAUAUUGCCAUUCUGUGCAGGAAAACUAACUGCUCAGCUUUGUAAAAAGGUUUACCGGUUACAUCCAGUUCUUCCCGCAGGAGGCACAAUGAUCUAGACUGUUGUUGAGAUGGAUGGAAAGAACAUGGGCAUGUAUCAUCACGUCAUGAAUACGGUCAUUGUGUACUUGACCGUCACGGAUGUGAACUAUUCAGGUUGUGUAUGGACUUUCAUUUAAUGCCUCACAACAGACACAUGGAGUAUUCUAAUAACAUGGCAGCCUCGUAAAAUAUACCAUGAUUUUGCUUUAUUUGUCUAGAAUGUUCUGGUUUCAGUUAGGCCAAGGUGUAAAUGAUGUCAGAUGAUCAUAUGUGUUUUGAAUAGCUCUAUACCGAUGCUGUGUGAUCAGAAUUGGAAGGAUGCUCAAUAACUAACUUCAUUGUUGUUCUUAGGCUGUAUAUUUAUGCUAGUAGAGUAUCUGGUAUAUUUCCACUUUUAAUGUGACUGGUGUCUUUCAGAUGUUAGGGUCUGUUUCAGUUGUAAAGGUGCCUUGUCAGUUACAGCUGAAAGGGUGUCUGGAAUUUUUAACUAUUUUGGUGUCUGAAAUAUUCAGCUGUACGGAUGUCUUUUGCACUUAGCAGUAAGGUUGUCCUUUGAGGGUGUAUUUGAAUUAUGAGUAUGUUCACAUUAUGUUGAAGAUUAGAUGCAUGUUUACCGCAGUCUUUCAUCACUACAAUACAUAAUUCAUAUAGUAAAUAUAUGGAACUCAGUUAUACUCUCCUGAUAAACAUUUGGCUACUGAUACAUGUGUAACUGCUAGCUCAUGGAUGUCAAGUGACACAAUGCAGUACAAUGCCAUUUAUCUGACAUUUUUCUCACAAUAGACAAACGUGAGACUGUGAUAUGAGAAUGCUGCAAGACUUGGAGGAAUGUAGCAGUAUAACUGUGCAGGUCUGCAGUCCCGAGCAUCAUAUGCAAGAGUGAUUCCACACAAACAUGAACUGGCAGGAGUUACUUCCUUCAGUGAACAGCUGUGCUGGUUAAUUAUUAGCUGCUGGUUUCAGACAUGCAUGUCUAGAGUUUAAGAUAACAGUUAACAUUCCAUGUGUAAGUGAUUACAUAACAAAACAUUAGGUAUUCCCAAUAGCAAUUUUCUUCAUUGCCUCAUUACAUGUGUUAAAAGGGGCCUUGUAAGGGAUGGCUAUAUAUCUGACUAGACAUUUUCAGGGGCAUACUUGGUGACUGCCUGGCAAUUAGAUCUUUAUUUCAAGGGCCACAGAGCCUGUUGUUCCUUAGAUCCAGAGUUGAGAGCUACCUGGUUCAUUGGAUCAGUAGUUGGAAGGAGAGCUC